AUGGAUGUCCAGCUUUAUGUUUAUGACCUCUCCAAGGGUCUUGCGCGCCUGUACUCUGCUUCCCUGACAGGAACACAAAUAGAUGCCAUCUACCACACCUCCAUUGUUGUGUUCGGCAUUGAGUAUUUCUUUGGCCAAGGUAUUCAGACCGCCACCCCUGGUAGUACCCAUCAUGGGCAGCCAAUGGAGAUCGAAGCACUGGGUCAGACAGAGCUUCCAAGAGAUGUGGUUGAAGAGUACCUAGGCUCUCUAGCUGAGAUCUACACGCCCGAGUCCUAUGACCUGUUUCUCCACAACUGCAACAAUUUCUCCCAAGACCUAGCUAUGUUCCUGGUUGGCAAGAGCAUUCCGGAUCAUAUCCGAAAUCUGCCUCAAACAUUCCUGCAAACUCCAUUUGGGCAAAUGAUGAAGCCUCAGAUUGAGGCGGCUCUGCGUGGCGUUACGCAAGGGGAUGGUACAGGUCGCAUCCCCGGCCCGAGUGCUCAACCACAAACAUCAAGACCCGCCACUGCAACAGAACCCUCAACUGGCCCGGUCCUAGGUACCCAACUCGAAAGCGAGUUGGCCGCAGCAUCCAAUUCUUGUGCAGUCAUAUUCUUCACUUCUUCCACCUGCCCGCCCUGCAAAGUUGUCUAUCCCACAUAUGAUCAGCUUGCAGCAGAAGCUGGUGAACAAGCCAGUCUCAUCAAAGUUGAUAUUGGCAAGGCGUACGAUGUAAGCAUGAAAUAUAAUGUGCGCGCAACGCCGACUUUCAUGACUUUUCUAAAGGGGCAGAAACUCGACGAAUGGAGCGGUGCCAAUCCUGCCCAGCUUCAAGGCAACGUGCGCAUGCUUAUUCAGAUGGCCAAUCCAGCUCACCCUCACCGACAGCUGCGACUUCCCAGUCUACAGCGGCUCAUUACUAAUUAUGUCAUGUACAAAAAGGUCCCGCCAUUGGAGAAGCUUUUACAAAAAUUGCCGGCAGAAUUUAAAGAGGCCCCUGACGUUGCACCAGUCAUUAGAUAUGUCAAUAUCCGCCACUCUACAGCUGACGGGAAAGGUCCUAUCGUGAAUACCAGAGUACCAGAUAUCCAUGUCUUUGCUACCGCUCUUCAAUCAACAUAUGCGAACCUCCCGAGUGGUAGCCACUUUGCAGUCGUUGAUCUCGUCCGUCUACUAUCUCUGGAUCCACGCAUAAGCGGCUACUUCGCAGAGGAAACAGGGCACGCUACCCUCCUCACCCUCCUCGAACCUCUGACGCAAGAAGACCUCUCUUCAUGCCCUUAUAAUCUUCGCAUCGUCGCCAUGCAACUGGCUUGCAACCUCUUUAGCACUCCACUCUUCCCCGAACAAUUUGUCCAGUCCACUUCUCCCCUGAGAGAGACUAUUCUCCGUCUCGCAACCAAUUCACUCUUGGACUCACAUACCAGCCUUCGCGUCGUCGCAGCCUCCUUCGCAUACAAUCUCGCAGUAUUCAACCACAACGCCCGCUUCGAUGGAAAGCCCGAUAUAAUCACUGAAGAGGAUCAAAUAGAGCUGACGGCUUCUUUGCUCGAAGCUAUUUCUAGUGAAGAAGCGAGCUGUGAAGCCUUGCACGGACUUUUGUUUGCAUUGGGUCUGUUUGUCUACGAAGCACCGCUUGAUGGAAGUUUAGUAGAUCUCUGUCGUUCUAUGGGUGUCGUGGAUACUGUCGCAGCCAAGUUUCAAAUUGAGGCUCUGCAGAAGGAACCUUUGUUGAAAGAGGUUGGACGAGAGCUGCUUGGCAAAGGGUUGUAA